CCCAACCACGAGCUGUGCGCGCAGAGUAUGCUCCUUGUUUCAGGUGCGCGAUCCUUUUAUACGCGCACCUUUUUACGCACACACGACCUGGUUCAAAGUGCCUCUUAUCCGUAUCGCAGUCCCCGCUAGACCCGGGUCAGGUUUGACCCGUCGUCUGGCUACAGCCACCUUUUCUCCGGCGAGGCUGCGGGAAAGAGAUGAAGGAAGGAGACGCGUCGUGCCACCGUGCGGGGAGGGGCGCAAGCGGCGGUGGAGCUGGAGGAGGACGGGAGGACUCGCUCCUAAGACUUGGAGGGCGCGGUCUUCGCUCUCCACGCGCACUUCGUUUAUAUUCCAAUUCUUCCCCCAGUUCCAUUUCUGCCAGCUGCCCUUGCGCAACGCAGGGACUACCCUCCAGUUGAGGGAAGAGAAACACAGAAACCGAGCGCGGUGACAGCGACACCCCUCCUCUGUCUGACCGCCGCCUGCCCACGCGCGCCGUGUAGUGGGAUAUCUUUGUGUGCACCCCACCCCCCCCCCCCCCUCCCUUCCUCUGAGGGGCCGUUUCUCACCGUCCGACACGGGUUCGAACCCCCGCUUUGAACGCUAGUGCCAAAACAAACGGACCUCGGCUAUUUAUUGUCCCCCCCUGUCUCCACGUACCCCGCGGAGUGGGGAGAGCACACUGAGACAAUUUGGAGCCCGUUUAGGUACCCCCGCGCGUCUCCAAACCAGAGCGGAGCGGUGCGCUUUUUACGCUUGAGGAAAUGGCCAAUUCCGGGGACUCGUUGGACCCGCUGGAUCCGGUUCACUUGAUCACACGGUAGAGCUCCACGCAACAAAACGACUACAAUAACAUCAACAACGACAGAGAGCUCCCGGGAUAAGGUUUAAAAUACGGUUUGGUUCUGAUUCCGCCGAUCUGCACCGGAAACCGCCGGCGGGGUUUGGAAUGCGGCCCGCGGCGCUGUUGACGCAUCUCGUUCUCCUCCACCUCCUCCUCCUCCUCUUCUGCUCCCCGGCGGUGGAGGGCUGCGGGCCGGGCCGGGGCUAUGGCCAGCGGCGCCCCCCCCGGAAGUUGGUGCCGCUCGCCUACAAGCAGUUCAGCCCAAAGGUGGCGGAGAAGACGCUGGGCGCGAGCGGGAGGUACGAGGGCAAGAUCACGCGGAGCUCGGAGCGCUUCAAGGAGCUCACGCCCAACUACAACCCGGACAUCAUCUUCAAGGACGAGGAGAACACGGGCGCGGACCGCAUGAUGACCCAGCGCUGCAAGGACAAGCUUAACUCUCUGGCCAUCUCCGUCAUGAACCUAUGGGCAGGGGUCCGGCUCCGCGUGACGGAGGGGUGGGACGAGGACGGACACCACCUGGAGGAGUCACUCCACUACGAGGGCCGGGCCGUCGACAUCACCACCUCCGACCGCGACCGCCACAAGUACGCCAUGUUGGCGCGGCUGGCCGUAGAAGCGGGCUUCGACUGGGUCUACUACGAGUCCAAGGCGCACGUGCACUGCAGCGUCAAGUCAGAACAUUCCGUGGCCGCAAAAUCCGGCGGUUGUUUCCCUGGCGACGCCUUGGUUACCACGGAGACCGGCGGCCGGACAGCCCUCCGCGACCUCCAACCCGGGGACCGUGUCCUCACCGCAACCUUUGACCCCGCCCACCUGGUCUACAGCGAGGUCCUGACCUUCCUGGACCGCGACCCCGCGACCCGGAAGCUCUUCUACACCGUCCACACCCACUCCGGCGCCGCCCUCUCACUGACCGCCGCCCACUUGCUCUUCGUCGCCCGCGGCAACUGCACGGAAGGGGCGGAGCCGACCCCGGGCAAUGCCAUGAUGGCGGUGUACGCCAGCGACGCCCGGCCGGGGCAGUGCGUCCUGGUGGUCGCCCCCGGCAACAGCGACGGCGGCGACCAGGGGGGCCGUCUCUCGCGGGUGGUGGGGGUCUCGGGCGCGAGGGGGGGGGGCCGGAAGGGGGCGUACGCUCCGCUCACGGCCCACGGGACCCUGGUGGUGGACGGCAUGCUAGCCUCGUGUUACGCCGCAGUCGACGGCCACGAGCUAGCGCACGCAGCGUUCGCGCCGCUGAGGCUUCUGGGUAGGUGGUGGGGUGGAGGGAGAGAGGGGGGGGAGGGGCUACACUGGUACGGAAGGGUCUUACACUGGGUGGGCCGGAAGUUGCUGGACCCGGGGAGGUUUCACCCACUAGGCAUGGCCGAGGACGGCUGGUGAGGGUGAUGGGGAAGGGUUAGGACGCUAACGCUAACGGACAAAGCUAGUUGGAACUUAAAGACAAAGACAAGUGGGGAGGCUGUGCGUGCGAGUUUGUGUAUGCGUGCGAGUGUGUGUGUGCACAUAUGAGUGAUUGUGCGAGUGUGUGUUGGUGGGAGUCUGGGCGCGUGGGAGUCUGGGCGCGUGUGAGUGCGAGUGUGCGCGCGGGUGCCUAAGAAUUGCGUGCUCUGAAUGUAUUUCGUAGGAUUCCUCCGUCGCUGAACUCUAACGUAACAGCAGACACCGCGCUAUUCCCUUUUAGCGGCCCUCAAAGACAAAGGAAAAAAAGCAUUUUUUUUUGCCGGGUUUACAGUCCUGUUCAGAAAAAAAAGCGUCUGGAAAUAGCCGAAAAAGGGAAGAGGAAGCACUUGCUCAACGAAUGAAAGUGAACAAAAACAUGAGAAUGGACCGAAGAGUAAACAUAUAGCCUGCAUGAGA